AUGAGUGUUGUGAGCGCCAGCAUCGUGGAGCCAGCAUGGAAGGUCACGUCGUCCUUCGCCCCACAGAUCUCAACCAGUACCUGUGAUGGAGAUGAGGUUGAGGGGUCGAUGGGGCGUGCAGUUACAGGCUCCACAGAUUGCAGCGAGGAGUCCACAACAAGGCAUCAGCGGCUGUGGGCUCGUGCCCUGGACUCUCGCUGGAAGCUGUCUCGCACGGAUUUCAAGAUGAAGAAGGAGCUCAGCAGGACUCUGAAAAGCACUCUGUACCAAGCGACCUGGCAAGGUGUCGAUGUCGUGGUCAAGUGCGCCGGAUUGCAUGACGACGAAACUUCCAGACAGCUUCAGUCCAAUCAGGAUUUACAGCCUGCCAACGGCAGGCGCAGAAACGGCGACGACCAAGAAGACAGGGGGAUUUCCGACGAGCUAUUGCACGAGAUCGAUCUUCUGUCGUCUCUGCGACAUCCUGAUCUUGUUAUGUUCCUUGGGGCUUGCAUCGAUCCCCAUUUGCCGAUCAUGUGUGUGACAGACUUCUUGCCUGGUGGUGACUUGGAGCGCUACUUCAUGUUCCAACGCAAGAAGCGUGAUGUGGCGAUCUGGCGCCCCAACCUCCCUCAGAUCCUUCAAUGGAGUUCUGCUAUCGGCCGGGCACUGAACUAUCUGCAUGACCGUGAUGUAGUUCACCGUGACCUAAAGCCAUUGAAUCUGCUGUUGACCAAGCAUUUGGAGAUCAAGGUGUCUGAUUUUGGCAUCAGUAGAUUGAUGGCUCGGGAGUGCGACGGAUACUCAAUGACUGGAGGGAUUGGCAGCUGGCGCUACAUGGCGCCUGAGGUGGUGAGGCACCAAGCCUAUGACCAGAAGGUGGACAUCUAUGCAUAUGGCCUCAUCAUGUACUUUAUGAGCUCUGGGAAGGCUCCCUUCCACCAACUUGGCCCCGAUGCCGAGGCCAUCUUGCAGCAGUACAUUCGAGGAAAGGAGCCGCGGCCCGCUCUUCUCGACUGUCCCACGAAGCUGCGCCCCAUCAUGGCGGCUGCAUGGCAUGUCAACCCUGCCGAGCGACCGUCUGCUCAGGAUGUUUUGGAAAACUUGGACCUUGUACAAACCUCGGUGUCGUGUGCACCAUGUGCCCAGAUGUAA